AUGGCUGCUGCAGACAUCAAACAGCCUGGGGCCAUCAGGCCUUCCGGAAACGGAAGCCAAGAUGCCAUCGAGGAAAUCCGCCAUAACCCCACACCCCUUUACGACACCUCUAAACUUGAACUAGAACUCAAUGUUGGUGGCCAAGGCUCUACACAGCGCCGCCUGCGGGAUUAUCAAGUGACCAUGAUUGGCUUUUGCAGCGGAAUUGGUACCGGCCUCUUUGUUGGUACUGGAGCUGCAUAUGCCAAAGCUGGCCCCGCAGGUCUCCUUUUGGCAUUUUGCGUCGUCGGUGCAGUUCUUUGGUGUGUCAUGCAGAGUAUCUCAGAGCUAGCAACUGUGAUUCCCACAGCUGGCUCGUUCCCCCAUUGGACCACACGCUUCAUUGACCCUGCCGUCGGGUUUUCGCUAGCAAUAUCAUACGGCUAUUGCUACACCAUCGGGAUAGCGUCAGAAAUUUCAGCCGCAGCCGUGCUCGUCAGCUACUGGAGCGAUAUCACACCUGCAGUCGUCAUUACCGUCAGUCUUGUCCUCAUUUUGGCCAUCAAUCUCUGCAACGUCCGUUUAUACGGUGAGACAGAAGUUAUCAGCGGUGCAAUCAAGGUCCUCUGCUUUCUCGGACUCGUCAUUGUUUCCAUCGUCAUAACUUCAGGUGGUGGCCCCAACCACAAGUCUAUCGGAUUCAAAUAUUGGCACCACCCUGGAGCCUGGGUUGAUUAUGAUGGCAUCACCGGCUCUACUGGCCACUUUCUGGGCUUUCUGUCGGCCUUGGUCAACGCAUCAUAUUCAUUUGUGGGGGUUGAGACCGUCGUCAUCAGUGCGGCCGAGUCAGUGAAUCCACACAGGUCCAUCCCCAAGGCCGCCAACCGGGUAACCUACCGCAUCGGCUUCUUCUACAUUCUCGGCGCCCUUCUUAUAGGCAUCAUUGUCGACCCACGAAAUUCAGACCUGAUUUCGGGCUCAGGAAAUGCCAACAGCUCUCCCUGGGUGAUUGCUAUCAAGCAGGCAGGCAUAUCCGUUUUGCCUUCGAUCGUCAAUGCUUGUAUCUUGAUAUCUGCAUGGUCAGCCGGAAGCUCAUACUGCUGGGUGGGAUCUCGAAUGAUCGUGGCCAUGACCACCGAUAGGCAGCUUCCGCAGAUCUUCGGCCGCACUUGGAGCAACGGUGUGCCUUGGUUGGCUGUCAUUGUGGCUUGGCUGUUUGGGCCACUGGCAUAUUUGAGUGUGUUUAUGAAUUCCAUUUCUUGA